AUGCCAGCAUAUGCGUCUGGAACAAUUGUGACUGACGAAGAGAAAGAGAACAAUAGCCAGAUGACCAGUGCGCCCAUGAGGAAUACGUCAAAUGCACCACUAUCACCACCUCCCGACGGCGGAUUUCACGCCUGGGCUCAGGUCGUUGCGGGACACUUGGUGGUAGCCCUGACUUGGGGCUACGCCUCCAGUUUCGGGGUAUUCCAAAAUCAUUAUGAAUCUACGCUACCACGAAUACCCUCCGAUAUUUCGUGGAUUGGUGGAUUUCAAGUCUUCUGUCUUUUGUUCAUCUCGACUCUCUCUGGCCGCGCGACAGAUGCUGGAUUGGCAAGACCAGUGGUAGCCCUAGGCGGGCUGCUGUUGGUUAUCGGGACCUUUAUGACAAGUCUGGCCGUGGAAUACUGGCAGAUCUUCCUGGCCCAGGGACUUUGCAUUGGCAUCGGUCAGGGUCUCUGUGGCUGCCUACUGUGA